AUCCUUCAUUUUUUAUCGUUUGAGAAAACGGCGCAUAUGUUGUUAGGUGACGGUAGAUUUUCUCGCUGUCGGUAUCCUUGCGCAAAUGUCGCAGAGCUGCACACUGCCCCGCAUCUUUUUUUUUGGAGCAUGAUGGAAGAGGGUGUCUGCGUUUGCUGAGCAUCUCAUGGCUGGACCAGAGCACGAAAAAAGAAAUUUAUCAAUCAAUUGAUGUCGAUCGCGAGGAAUUUAUCGGAUUAACUAUUUCGUCGAGCAUCAGAGGGGUUGGUGAAAUCUUUGUGGGGGGAAAAUGUCUCGUAGGUUAGGCUUCAGGUAGGGCGCCGUCUGACUGUUCCAGCCCAAGAAAAGCCAAAAACCCCGAAGAUUUAUUUCACAUUGUGGUCACUGAUUUUGCUUUUGUAUACCACCCGGACUACAGGAUGAUGCUGUUGAAACACCAUAAGGCUUCGAUGCUAUAGCUGCUACUGUGGAUGGUACAAACCUAAAGACCAAGUAGCUGCAGGAUGAAAACAUGGCUGCACCCCUUAUCGCACCGCCAGGACCUGAUAGCUUCAAGAAGUUUACUUUGGAAUCUUUGGCGACUCUUGAGCUGCGAAUCUCGGAGGAGAAGAACAAGAAGCCACCCAAGCAGGACAGCAGCUACCGCGAUGACGAUGACGAGAACAAGCCCAAGCCCAACAGCGACCUGGAGGCUGGGAAGAGCCUGCCCUACAUCUACGGGGACAUCCCUGCCGGAAUGGUGGCGGUACCACUGGAGGACCUGGACCCAUACUACCUGAAUUCUCAGAAAACAUUUAUAGUGCUAAAUAGGGGGAAGACAAUCUUCCGUUUUAGUGCCACACCUGCCUUGUACUUCAUAAGUCCUUUCAAUCCGGUUAGGAGAGUAGCUAUUAAAAUUUUGAUACAUUCUCUUUUCAGCAUGAUCAUUAUGUGUACUAUUUUGACCAACUGUAUAUUCAUGACCUUUAGUGAUCCGCCCGAGUGGUCAAAACAAGUAGAGUACACAUUCACAGGAAUUUAUACAUUUGAGUCUCUUGUAAAAAUCUGUGCACGAGGAUUCUGUAUAGACGGGUUUACAUUCCUUAGAGAUCCAUGGAACUGGCUGGAUUUCAUGGUCAUUUCGAUGGCAUAUAUAACAGAGUUUGUGGACCUGGGCAAUGUAUCUGCGCUGAGAACAUUCAGAGUUCUCCGAGCAUUGAAAACUAUCUCUGUCAUUCCAGGCCUGAAGACCAUCGUUGGCGCCCUGAUCCAGUCUGUGAAGAAGCUUUCGGAUGUGAUGAUCCUGACCGUCUUCUGCCUGAGUGUCUUUGCCCUCAUCGGCCUCCAGCUCUUUAUGGGCAACCUGCGCCACAAGUGUGUGAUCUGGCCAAUCAACACCACCAAGAGCUUCGACUGGAAUGAGUACAUCAUGAACGAUACCAAUUUCUACUUCCUGCCUGGCCAGUUGGAUGCUCUUCUCUGUGGGAACAGCUCUGACUCUGGCCGCUGCCCGGAGGGCUACACAUGCAUGAAAGCUGGGAGGAAUCCAAACUACGGCUACACCAGCUUUGACAGCUUCGGCUGGGCCUUCCUGGCCCUCUUCCGGCUCAUGACACAGGACUUCUGGGAAAACCUUUACAUGCUGACCCUGAGGGCGGCAGGGAAAACCUACAUGAUCUUCUUUGUGUUGGUGAUCUUUGUGGGCUCGUUCUACUUGGUGAAUUUGAUCCUGGCUGUGGUGGCCAUGGCUUAUGAGGAGCAGAACCAGGCCACCAUGGAAGAGGCCCUGCAGAAGGAAGAGGAAUUCAAGGCCAUGCUGGAGCAGCUAAAGAAACAGCAAGAAGACGCUCAGACGGCUGCCAUGGCAACCUCUGCGGGCACAGUGUCAGAGGAUGCAGUAGAGGACGAUGGAGGAGGGCGUCUGUCAUGCAGUUCCUCUGAGAUGUCAAAGCUCAGCUCCAAGAGUGCCAAAGAGCGACGUAAUCGCAAGAAGAAGUGGCGGCAGAAGGAGCAGGAGAAGGAGAAAGGUGACAGUGAGAAGUUUGUCAAGUCAGAGUCGGAUGACGGCAGCAAAAGGAGCCGCUUCCGUUUCCCUGAUAAUCGCCUGGGUCGAAAGUCUUCCAUUAUGAAUCAGUCCCUCCUCAGUAUACCCGGCUCGCCUUUCCUGUCCCGCCACAACAGCAAGAGCAGCAUCUUCAGUUUCAAGGGCCGCGGUAAGGACGUGGGCUCGGAGAACGAGUUUGCGGAUGACGAACACAGCACGGUGGAGGAGUGCGAGGAGCGCCGGGGCUCCCUGUUCAGCCCUUAUCGGCGGAGCAGCUACAGUGGCUUCCAUGGGAAGAGGAACAGCACGGUGGAUUGCAACGGCGUGGUGUCGCUCAUCGGCCCUGGGCCCGGUGGACGCCUUCUGCCUGAGGUGAAAAUAGAUAAGGCAGCUACUGACGACAGUCCGACUACUGAGGUUGAGGUGAAGAAGAAGCUGUCGGGCUCCCUGAUGGUGUCUGUGGACCAGCUCAAUACCUCCUUUGGGCGGAAAGAGCGGGCCAACAGUGUCAUGAGCGUCAUUACCAACACACUAGUGGAGGAACUGGAGGAGUCUCAGCGCAAGUGUCCGCCAUGCUGGUAUAAGUUUGCUAACACAUUCCUGAUCUGGGAGUGCUCCCCCAAGUGGAUUAAGAUCAAGGAGAUUGUGAACCUGAUUGUCAUGGAUCCCUUCGUGGACUUAGCCAUCACCAUCUGUAUUGUCCUCAACACCCUCUUCAUGGCCAUGGAGCACUACCCCAUGACCCCUGACUUUGAGGAUAUGCUGUCUGUAGGCAAUCUGGUGUUCACGGGGAUCUUUGCAGGAGAGAUGCUUUUCAAGCUGGUGGCUAUGGAUCCGUACUACUACUUUCAGGAGGCCUGGAACUGUUUCGAUGGUUUCAUCGUGACGCUGAGUUUAGUGGAGCUGGCUCUGGCUGAUGUCGAAGGCCUGUCUGUCCUGCGAUCAUUCCGUUUGCUGAGAGUGUUUAAGCUGGCCAAGUCAUGGCCCACCCUCAAUAUGCUGAUCAAGAUUAUUGGUAACUCGGUGGGAGCCUUGGGGAACCUGACUCUGGUGCUGGCCAUCAUCGUCUUCAUCUUUGCUGUGGUUGGCAUGCAGCUGUUUGGCAAGAGCUACAAAGACUGUGUGUGUAAAAUCUCUCUCGACUGUGAGCUGCCCCGCUGGCACAUGAACGACUUCUUCCACUCCUUCCUGAUCGUCUUCCGGGUGCUGUGCGGUGAAUGGAUCGAGACCAUGUGGGACUGCAUGGAGGUGGCGGGCCAGGCCAUGUGCCUCAUCGUCUUCAUGAUGGUCAUGGUCAUCGGUAACCUGGUGGUGUUGAACCUGUUCCUUGCCUUGCUGCUGAGCUCAUUCAGUGCUGACAAUUUGGCUGCAACAGAUGACGACGGAGAGCCCAACAACCUGCAGAUUUCAGUCAGGCGUAUCAAGAUAGGCAUUGCAUGGAUAAAAGCAAAGAUGCGGAUAUUGGUGGCUAGUUUGCUGAAGAAACCACAGAUGGAGGACGAGCAGAAGCCUUUGGAUGACAUGUAUGACAAGAAGCUGAACUGCAUUGCCAACCACACCGGGGUGGACAUCAACCGUGACCUGGACUACGCCAAGAAUGGUAACGGCACCACCAGCGGUAUUGGCAGCAGCGUGGGCAAAUAUAUGAUCGAUGAGGACCACAUGUCGUUCAUCCACAACCCAAACUUGACCGUCUGCGUGCCCAUAGCUGUGGGAGAGUCUGACUUUGAGAACCUCAACACGGAGGACUUCAGCAGCGAGUCCGACAAUGAGAACAGCAAAGAGCUGGAUGACACCAGUUCGUCGGAGGGCAGCACCAUCGACAUCAAGCCAGAUGUGGAGGAGGUGGUGGUUGUGGAGCCAGUGGAGGAAUACAUGGAGCCAGAGGCGUGUUGGACAGAAGCUUGUGUUGCAAAGUAUAAGUGCUGUGACGUCGACAUCACUGUGGGCUGGUGGAAGAGCUGGUGGUUCCUGAGAAAAACCUGCUACCUGAUUGUGGAGCACAACUGGUUUGAAACCCUCAUCAUCUUCAUGAUCCUCCUCAGCAGUGGUGCCCUGGCCUUUGAGGAUGUGUACAUCGAACAGAGGAAGACCAUUCGAAUCAUUUUGGAGUACGCUGACAGGGUUUUCACUUACAUCUUCAUCCUGGAGAUGUUGCUGAAAUGGGUGGCUUAUGGUUUUGUGAAGUAUUUCACCAACGCCUGGUGCUGGCUGGACUUCUUCAUUGUGGAUGUGUCUAUAGUCAGCCUUGUAGCUAAUGCGCUGGGCUACUCCGAUCUAGGGCCCAUUAAAUCACUCAGGACACUAAGGGCCUUGAGACCCCUCAGAGCCUUGUCACGUUUUGAAGGGAUGAGGGUGGUAGUCAACGCCUUGGUGGGUGCCAUCCCUUCCAUUAUGAAUGUGUUGCUGGUUUGCCUCAUCUUUUGGCUGAUUUUCAGUAUCAUGGGGGUCAACUUGUUUGCGGGCAAGUACUACUACUGUUUCAAUGAGACAUCAGAGGAAUACUUUUCUGUCGACGUGGUCAACAACAAGACCCAGUGUGAGGCCCUCAUGAAACAAAACUAUACCGAGGUCAGGUGGAAGAACGUCAAGAUCAACUUUGACAAUGUGGGCGCUGGCUACCUGGCCCUGCUGCAAGUGGCCACAUUCAAAGGUUGGAUGGACAUUAUGUACGCGGCUGUGGAUUCCAGAGAGGUGGAAGACCAGCCCAACUAUGAAGUCAACAUCUACAUGUACAUCUACUUUGUCGUUUUCAUCAUAUUUGGCUCCUUCUUCACCCUCAACCUCUUCAUUGGUGUGAUUAUUGACAACUUCAACCAGCAGAAGAAAAAGUUUGGAGGUCAGGAUAUAUUCAUGACAGAGGAACAGAAAAAGUACUACAAUGCCAUGAAAAAACUGGGGUCUAAAAAGCCACAAAAACCUAUUCCUCGACCACAGAACAAGGUCCAGGGCAUGGUGUUUGACUUUGUGACGCAGCAAGUCUUCGACAUUUCCAUCAUGAUUCUCAUCUGCCUCAACAUGGUCACCAUGAUGGUGGAAACAGACGAUCAGUCAGAUGAAACGGAGAACGUCCUCUACUGGGUCAACUUCAUCUUUAUUGUAGUCUUCACCACAGAGUUCUUGCUGAAGCUCUUUGCCCUUCGCCACUAUUACUUCACCAAUGGCUGGAAUAUCUUCGACGUGGUGGUGGUCAUUCUAUCUAUUGUCGGUAUGUUCCUGGCUGACCUCAUUGAGAAGUACUUUGUAUCACCGACCCUGUUCAGGGUGAUCAGGUUGGCUCGAAUUGGCCGUAUCCUCCGUCUGAUUAAAGGAGCUAAGGGUAUCCGGACACUACUCUUUGCUCUGAUGAUGUCACUGCCAGCCCUGUUCAACAUUGGCCUACUGCUCUUUCUGGUUAUGUUCAUCUUUUCCAUCUUCGGCAUGUCUAACUUUGGCUACGUAAAACAUGGAGCGGGAAUUGACGACUUGUACAAUUUUGAGACCUUUGGCAACAGCAUGAUCAUUUUGUUCAUGAUCACCACGUCGGCUGGAUGGGACGGCCUGCUCCUGCCGAUCCUCAACUACCCACCAGACUGCGAUCCCAAUUUGGAGAACCCUGGUACAUCUGUGAAGGGCGACUGUGGUAACCCCUCAGUGGGAAUCUUCUUUUUCGUCAUGUAUAUCAUCAUUUCUUUCCUGAUUGUGGUCAACAUGUACAUUGCCAUUAUCCUGGAGAAUUUCAGCGUGGCCACAGAGGAAAGUGCUGAUCCACUCAGUGAGGAUGACUUUGAGACCUUCUAUGAGAUCUGGGAGAAGUUUGACCCCACUGCCUCUCAGUUCAUCACUUUUGCCAAGCUGUCUGACUUUGCCGACGCCCUGGAGCACCCACUUCGUGUGCCAAAGCCCAACACUAUAGAACUAAUUGCCAUGGACAUGCCCAUGGUGAGUGGUGAUCGCAUUCACUGCCUGGACAUCCUGUUUGCCUUCACAAAGCGAGUGCUUGGUGAUAGUGGUGAGUUGGACAUGCUGAGGCAACAGAUGGAGGAGCGCUUUGUGGCAGCCAACCCCUCCAAGGUGUCCUAUGAACCCAUCACCACCACUCUUCGCCGCAAACAGGAGGAUGUCUCCGCCAGAACUAUCCAGAACGCCUACCGCAGCCACCUCAUCCGGCGCGGCAUCAUCUUCAAGCGUCACAUUUUCACUAACGACAAGCUUGAGAAUGGCGGGACCAACCAAGAGAAGAAGGAGAGCACACCAUCCACAGCCUCUCUCCCAUCGUACGACAGUGUGACCAAACCUGACAAGGAGAAGCAGGACGAAAACAAGGAGGAGUGGGCGAGGAAAGAGAAGGACAAAAACCAAAAAGAUGAGUGGGAAUCCAAGUGUUAAGGUUCAGUGACUCUCAAAUUCCAGUAAAACACAGUGAGAUGAGACUCUGAGCCCAAACCCAACAAAUGUAGAAAAAGUGAUCAUUUGCAAGUAAGAAAAAAAAAACAACAAAAAAAUACAAAAAAAUGUUUACAGACUCAAUACUACUGAGGCAAUGUGGUUUCUUAUGUCGUCAAAGACAGCUGAACCAAACACAAUCAGUUUACCACGGAACUUUGCUGCAUAGUGACCAAGUUCAUAGAAAUGAGGAAUGAGGAACAAAUACAAAAUGACUUACAGUGUGCUGGCCAAUGACACACAUUUCUUUGGGGACCAACUGCCAAGGCACAGAAAUCUCUGCAAGAUGAUCGAAGAAUUGCAAAAUCCCUGCCACCACCUGAGUGUGGACCCAGCCAACUGCCGCAGCGAGGCUCCAAUGCUACGGGACUGGAUCAUACAGAUCCUGCUAGAACUGUAUUAGCAGUCUAAAGGAGAGUCUGUAACACAGCGUUUACCAUCUUUAUCAAGAAGAAAACAAUAAUCAACCAAGCAAGUUUAGCGAGGACAGAAACCCUAGCGAGGGAGGGGGAAACCCAGAAGCGUAGACAAAGAAUUUUUUGUUUGUUUGUGCUGAGUAUACUUGCAUCUUUACAUUAUUUGAGCAGCAAAAAAGAUAACAUUUAGCCCAUGUCACUGGUCUUUUCAUCUCCUCUUUGUUAUACUGACAUUGAAAAAGACAUUUUCUACAUGGGCUUUCACACUGACUGGGUAGGGGUCAUUAGUCAUUGUUUUGACUUGGGCUGAAGGAGACUUGCUCAGGCCGAGUUCCAGAUAAAUAAUAAUUAUUGUGCUUGUUCAAUGCAUAGAAAUGACUUGCAUGAAGGCAUGUUUUGAUCAGGAAUCAUGCAUGAGUAAUCAUAGUCCACAAGACACUAAUUCUCAGACCACUGCAGUGGCUUGACUGUAGUUUGAGGCUGUCCACUGGAAAAAUUACGAGUACUAUAACCGGAAAAUGGAGAUUUUUGGAUAAUGAUAUAUAGGAUAUUUGGGGAAUGAUAGUUGUCUGAUCCUGACCUUCACUAGUUUUGCUCUUUGACAGAUCUUUUAAUUCAGCCCUUCAUUAAAAUUUCAGGUGAAUAAAGGAUGUAAGCACUCAGAGGCGAAGUCUCAGUCGGAUCAGCCAACAACACACUAGAAAAUAGUUUGUUUUUUUUGCUGCUCUGAAUGUUAGUAGUAUAGACAGAGUGUGGAGUGUGUGAGUGUUCGGAAGCAGAAUAUCCUCACGAUGAGGAUGCACAGAUUUGGAGGGCCAUGUCCUGGACCAAAUCUGGGGCUUACAUCUCUUUGUUUACUUACAUCCAUCAUACAGUCACUUACCUGUGGUCCCUGUUACGGCAAUGAGAGCAGGUGAUGUUUCACGCCAAGGAAUCCAUAAGUGGCACCAGUAAGGGUCUGGUGUACCCAAGUGUCAAUAGGUAUCCCCUCUAAUGCUGUAGUUCCAGGAGAAGGGACGAAAAUAUGGUUUCAUUUUUUUGAUAUUCUUUUUGUUGUUUUGUUUUGGGCUAGUGGAAAAACUGAAAACCACGUUUAGUUACAUACAUUAGACAGUACUCUUAACUGAGUCGUUCAUUUCAAGUUCCUCUUUUGUACUCCGUCGGACCCGCAUCAGAAUUUCCCAGUGAGUGAUGUCUUAGGUAGUGCUUUUCGGACAAUUUGAGUUGCCAGCUUUAGAAAAAAAAAAAAAGCCUUGAAGUCUAUCUCUGAUGUCCUUGUGAUGCAAUCAUUCUCAGAAAAGGAUUUGAUCAGUGAGAGUGACACUGACCAUCUGACACAGCCGAGUUAGCAGAGAGAAUUGUCACAAGGACAUGCCUUGUCGUGCCUAGCAUGUAUGGAAGGUGGAUGGCCAUGAAGGGCUUUGUGGUUUGGACUGUAGAAUCAAAUGGAUUUUGUCUGAUGUUUCAGGGAGGUGGCUGGGUGAUCAAUAACACAAAACGUGGACCAAUAAUAAAAAGGUAGAGCCCCUCCCUUCAGGGUUUUAGACUGACUGCCAUGAAUACAAGAGAGUAAUGGAAGUGCGGAAGAAAAGAAAAGUGCUUUGGUCUGAGUCAGAGUGCUGAAAGUCCCAUGUUUGUCAGUGUAUCAUUGUGCUUUUGUGGGACCUCUUAAACACUGUGUGGUGUUGGACCCGGGCUCGCACCAUCUUUUCACAUACUUGCAGGCUUUCAAGUACUAUCACCCGCUUCAAAAAUAAUUAGCCAGAGAUGGAGGUAGUAAUGCAAACACUUGUCGAGAUUAAACAUCAGCAGGCCUCACAUCGACGCAGCUAUGUUGUAUAAUAAGCUUUGUGGGUGUUUUUCAUAAAAAUAAAAUAAAAAAACCUGAGGCUUUGUCAAGUGGUAGACAAGACACAACUGCCUCCUUAGGUGUUCCUGCCAUUUCUUUUUCUACACAGGAGUGAUGGUCCUAUUUAUAAGUGGAUGACUGGACAAAAAUCUGGCAUCCUUCGUCGCACCACUAAUGCCAUUUUGGUGUGUUUAACACUGCCUGUACCAGAACCCCCUGUCUGUAACAAAUAACUGAGGUCUGUUUACAAUAUGAGGUCUCCGAAUCAGUUUGGCUGCUGCACACUGAAACCAAAUACAUUCCCAAUGAAAACCACAGUCGGAGUGAGUAUGCCAUCCAAUUUACCCAUGUUCAUCUUGGAUGUAAUGUUUUAGAAUGAUACAUUCACACUUGAAGAAAAAAAAGAAAAAAAAAAACAUGCAAAAAAAGUCAAAAAAGAAAACACAAAAACAUAUAUAUGUACAGUGCAGGCUAUGAUGUAAAUGGCACAAUCGCUGAAAAAGAACGAACUUUUUGAGAGAAACUAUAAAUAUUGUACUAUAUUCUUUUAUUUUAUCGGCAUGCUUUGUUGUGUUUUUUGUAAAUACGGAAUUUUAAAAAUGUUACUACUAAUAAUCAAAAAAUGAAUAAUAACAAUAAUAUAGAAUGGCUUCCAGCUAUGCCCUUUGUCACAUUUGUUACCUUUUGGAUUUUUUGAGACACUUUUCACUUUGUUGACGGAAAUUGAAUGAAAUAUAGAUAUUAUAUAAUACAAAAGAUAUAUACAUGUAUACAUAUAUGUCUAUAUGUAUAUACAUAAAACAGAAGAACACUGUUUGUCACAUUUGAUUUAUGUGCAACACGUUCAGUGGAUGUCUAAAACUGGUUGUUUCCAGCACCCUUCUAUGUUGGGGAAUAGCUCAUGUGCGAUUUUACUGGAGCUGCUUGCCAUGGAUUGUAGCCUGAUCAUGAUGAAAGGAUAAUGUUACCAGCACAUUUCUCACUUACUGUCAUAUCUCUCACCCUCACUGAGUAUACAGGACACACCCACAGUCACGGACACAAAACACACACACGCACACACACAGUUGACUCCUCACUGCCCACCAACUUUACCAGUGAUCUCUCCCUGGAGGACGUCAGCUGGUGUGACUGACUGCCUCAUACACCCUGAGACGGUUCCUACCCCCAGGGCCUCCCCCCCCAUACCCACACAUCAGUGCCAUUACAGCUCAACAUGCAUACAAUCAUGUACUUGCUUCUCAUCCUCACAUUUCUUUUGUUGAAUGGUUUGUUUCUAGUGUUCCACUCAAUGGCAUGUGCCUUUUUUCUGCUUUUUCUGCGAAUUUGGAUGUCGAUUCCACACUGAAAAGAAAAACAAAAACAAAGAAAAAAACAAAGAAAAAACGAACAAAAAAAAGAACAUAUUUCCAAACUGUGGUGGGUGUAGGUUUGGGGGUGAGCACAACAUUAAUCAGGGAUGUCGAGUCAGAAAUACUGCCGGAGGAUCAUCCAGACACCCCACUUCAUCUUAAUAUUCAACAGUGUGUGAUGUUAACAGAAAAACAGCUAACUCAAAAAAUGUCCUGUUCUUAGUGCUAUGUGUGUCACCCACUUGGCUUGUGAAAAAGCAGCUUGCCUUCUAUAUUUCUGUUUUAUUUCUUCAAUGUUUCUGUUUCCAUCUGAAAUUUAUUUUUGUAUCAAUAUUUGAUUAUAGGACUCAUUCUUUUUUAGCAUGGUUUAUUAUGGGCGUUUUUUCUUUUUGCUGAAAAAUUAAAAAGUGCUUUUCAAACUGUUGUUAUCAUUUGACACCGUGAUAAAAAGAGGAUAUACAGUACAAUAUGAUGGUGUGUUGCACAACCACUUGGACUCUUGGUAAGAAUAUAUGAAAGAUUGUCUUCAUUUGAGCACGAACCUUUUUAUUACCAAUAAAGCAGCCUUCCAGU